AACCCCACUGAAGAAGAAGAAGAACAGGGACGCAGGUCCUUCUACUACCACCCAAGCAUGCUCUGUGAACAGCUGAUGGGUUGACUCUAUCAGGGAAUAAUAGUCAAGAAACGUUUGAUAUCUAGCCACGUUAACUUCCCAAAAGAAUGAUAAGUGUCAUGACUAAAGACGCAGUCCAAGGGUAAGAUAAACUAAGGUUUGACAGCUAGCUAACGUUAGCAGCUAACUAACUUGUUAGUAGGAGCUAGCUAGCAUUAGCAAGCUAACCAUGCAUGCAUGCCAAUGUCUUCUGACCGUGCCAUCAUGCGCCAUGCUUAACACAAAUGAAAUCAUGUCAUUAAAGCGUUACUAGCUAUAUCAUAUGAAACACAAUCUGUGAUAGAGGUAGCCAGCUGUAUUUGUAUUGCUUCAUGUUAUCAACGUAUUUAUUCAAAUUACACACUGGCCUACUUUCUUUCCCACCAAACAAAAGGCCCUUGGUGACAUUUAUUGUUUGCUGUAAUGGCUCUACAAAAGGUGACUUGUCAUAACCUGUCCAUCCAUACAAAUUCCACUGGUUGCUUGACCAGUGGCAGUUUCCCCACAGGACAAUGAGCACAACUUUGUCAUGAAGAGGGGUGUUUUCCUUAUAACGGGUCUAGGCAGGGGUAGAGGGAGCAUUACAAUUGGUUUUGGGACAGAAAUAAACCUGACGAGGCUGUGUCCCUGUUUGACAGCUAGUUGUGGACAUUAUAUAGCAUAUAUUUGCAACAUCAAUGAUUCUCUCUCUCUCUCUCUCUCUCUCUCUCUCUCUCUAUAUAUAUAUAUAUAUUUGCAUCUACUGUAAAUUAAACAACUACAAUUGGCAGUGUCAAUGUAAUGACCAUGCCCACAGCAGGUGUAGGCUAAUCCAGAAGUGAAUUGACAACAGAGGGAAGGUGUCGUGGGGGCAGCAGUAGUCCCCAAAAAGUGGAAACACUGUAAUAAUGAGUGAAAGUCAUAAAGUAGCCUAGGCCUAUUCAUUAUGAAAAUUAGGAAUGAGUAUGGUGCCUAAUCAAUCAGUUCAUGACAUGUUUUACUUUAACUUAUUCAAUUCUUUGUUUUCUAUUAAUGAAUAGUAAUCAAUUAGUCUAUGCAUGAUGGCACAUGUUCAAGUAGUUACACUGACUCCCUGAGUCUUCCAUUUGGAGGAAUAUGUCUACACGGGGCCCCGUGUAGCUCAGUUGGUAGAACAUGGCGCUUGCAACGCCAGGGUUGUGGGUUCGUUUCCCACGGGGGGCCAGUAUGAAAAUGUAUGCACUCACUAACUGUAUGUCGCUCUGGAUAAGAGCGUCUGCUAAAUGACUAAAAAUGUAAAAAAUGUAAAGUUAGAUGCCAUUAACUAUAGCCUGACCAGGGGUCCUACCACCAAUUUCCUCCUCUCCUCAUUGUGUGUUAAUGCCACUGGAUAUGUAGAUACAGUGGGGGAAAAAAGUAUUUAGUCAGCCACCAAUUGUGCAAGUUCUCCCACUUAAAAAGAUGAGAGAGGCCUGUAAUUUUCAUCAUAGGUACACGUCAACUAUGACAGACAAAAUGAGAAAAAAAAUUCUCCAGAAAAUCACAUUGUAGGAUUUUUUAUGAAUUUAUUUGCAAAUUAUGGUGGAAAAUAAGUAUUUGGUCAAUAACAAAAGUUUCUCAAUACUUUGUUAUAUACCCUUUGUUGGCAAUGACACAGGUCAAACGUUUUCUGUAAGUCUUCACAAGGUUUUCACACACUGUUGCUGGUAUUUUGGCCCAUUCCUCCACGCAGAUCUCCUCUAGAGCAGUGAUGUUUUGGGGCUGUCGCUGGGCAACACAGACUUUCAACUCCCUCCAAAGAUUUUCUAUGGGGUUGAGAUCUGGAGACUGGCUAGGCCACUCCAGGACCUUGAAAUGCUUCUUACGAAGCCACUCCUUCGUUGCCCGGGCGGUGUGUUUGGGAUCAUUGUCAUGCUGAAAGACCCAGCCACGUUUCAUCUUCAAUGCCCUUGCUGAUGGAGGUUUUCACUCAAAAUCUCACGAUACAUGGCCCCCUUCAUUCUUUCCUUUACACAGAUCAGUCGUCCUGGUCCCUUUGCAGAAAAACAGCCCCAAAGCAUGAUGUUUCCACCCCCAUGCUUCACAGUAGGUAUGGUGUUCUUUGGAUGCAACUCAGCAUUCUUUGUCCUCCAAACACGACGAGUUGAGUUUUUACCAAAAAGUUCUAUUUUGGUUUCAUCUGACCAUAUGACAUUCUCCCAAUCCUCUUCUGGAUCAUCCAAAUGCACUCUAGCAAACUUCAGACGGGCCUGGACAUGUACUGGCUUAAGCAGGGGGACACGUCUGGCACUGCAGGAUUUGAGUCCCUGGCGGCGUAGUGUGUUACUGAUGGUAGGCUUUGUUACUUUGGUCCCAGCUCUCUGCAGGUCAUUCCCUAGGUUCCCCCGUGUGGUUCUGGGAUUUUUGCUCACCGUUCUUGUGAUCAUUUUGACCCCACGGGGUGAGAUCUUGCGUGGAGCCCCAGAUCGAGGGAGAUUAUCAGUGGUCUUGUAUGUCUUCCAUUUCCUAAUAAUUGCUCCCACAGUUGAUUUCUUCAAACCAAGCUGCUUACCUAUUGCAGAUUCAGUCUUCCCAGCCUGGUGCAGGUCUACAAUUUUGUUUCUGGUGUCCUUUGACAGCUCUUUGGUCUUGGCCAUAGUGGAGUUUGGAGUGUGACUGUUUGAGGUUGUGGACAGGUGUCUUUUAUACUGAUAACAAGUUCAAACAGGUGCCAUUAAUACAGGUAACGAGUGGAGGACAGAGGAGCCUCUUAAAGAAGAAGUUACAGGUCUGUGAGAGCCAGAAAUCUUGCUUGUUUGUAGGUGACCAAAUACUUAUUUUCCACCAUAAUUUGCAAAUAAAUUCAUUAAAAAUCCUACAAUGUGAUUUUCUGGUAAAAAAAUUCUCAAUUUGUCUGUCAUAGUUGACGUGUACCUAUGAUGAAAAUUACAGGCCUCUCUCAUCUUUUUAAGUGGGAGAACUUGCACAAUUGGUGGCUGACUAAAUACUUUUUUCCCCCACUGUAGGUGUGAAUGUGCUCAAUUGCCCUCACUCAUCCUGGCUAUAUUGUCUAUUGACAUACUCAUAUGGUUCCCAUGGGUUGCUAUGAUAGUAUUACAGGAUAUAAGGAUUAAUAAAUAUCAGGAAUUUUGAGUUUGGUAAAUGGUCAUUUCCAUGUAAAAGGACCCAUGAGCACCAAUGUGAAGUUUAUAGGAGCAUAUCCAUUUUGGUAUUAAAUGAAAGCUAAGAGUCUAUAGUUUUUGGAAAUGAAGGCAUAGAUAAGUUUUUCCACCAUUUUCCAUCCUGAAAAUGAUGAAUAAAGCAAAAGCUUUCAUUUCUGGUCACACAGAUGGAAAAGGGGUCUUAAAAAACAUCUACUAGAAUAAGUCUUAAGGUAUUAGAAAAUACAUCAAAACACAGUAAUGUUGAAGUAAAGGCCCCUGCCAACUAAUAUCAACAUUUAUGUAUAUUUUUGCAAACGUUAUUUCCAUUUGUAAGUUUAGGAAAUAUUGCCUAGUGUCUUGUCAUCCUGUUACCAACAGAAUGAGAAGACACUUUCUCUCCCCCAUGAGGAGGGAGGAUUAGGAAAGUUCACAGAAGUAACAAGUACAGGUAGACCUGCCAAUUAGUUAGUGUUUUUACUGAUACAAUUUUUGUUGGUGAAUUAUUAAAGCCCCCAUGCAGUCUAUUUUUAAAUCCUCACUCUAUAUCUAAUAAAUCAAUGUGUGUUUAUUUAAUGAAAAUAACUCCAAAAUAUAUUUGUUAUUUUUUAAUACCCUGAGCCUCCUUUUUCUCUUGAAAUGCUCAGUCUGAUCGUGUGGGCGUUAGGAAACAAAUGUAAAGAUAUUUACAUACACAGCCCUGAUUGGUUGAUAGGAUGGUCUAGAACCCACCCCCUUACCCAUAGGAACAGUUGUUGGUCUAUUAUAUGCAGAUCACAUUGUGACAUCAUAAUGUGGGCCAAAAUUUCCAUCCCACCUGAACAGGCUGAAAUUCCAGGCAUUUUUUUCAAACAGCCCUUACACAAAAAGGGCAUUAUAGUGUGGAAAUAUCAAAUGAUUAAAACCCAUCACUCUGUUACCAAAUCGGUAGUGAAUGAAAAAUCUGUAACAGAAUGACUACAAUUGAAUUGGCCACAAUGGGAAAUCCUAGUAGUUACAAACCACAGUUGCAGUAGAGCACAGAUUAGUACAGUAGAGCACAGUAAAGAAAAGUAGAGUAUAGUUAAUUACAGUAGAGUUCAGUACAGUAUAAUGUAAUAUACUCUGGUGAUGGGGGGAAAAAUCGAUACAAUUACGUAUUAUUAUUAUUUUUUGCUACUGUACAUAGCGUUAGCUAGUGCUAGUCGGCUGUACCUGCGUCAAAACUCUGGUGUUUUUCAUCCUAUAGCUUGUUCUCCAUCAUAUUUUACACUUGUGAGCCAACAUGUUUCCAGCACUUUUUUUCCUUGACUGAUUAAAACUUGUUUUCUCAUGCUCUCUCUUGUCUCUCUGCAGCAGACAUACACUGGGCAUACCAAACAUUAGGAACACCUUCCUAAUAUUGAGUUGCAACCCCCCUUUUGCCCUCAGAACAGCCUCAAUUUGUCGGGGGAUGGAAUUUACAAGGUGUCAAAAGCGUUCCACAGGGAUGCUGGCCCAUGUUGACUCCAAUGCUGCCCACAGUUGUGUCAAGUUGGCUGGAUGUCCUUUGGGUUGUGGACCAUUCUUGAUACACUCAGGAAACUGUUGAACUUGAAAAACCCAGCAGCGUUGCAGUUCUUGACACAAACCGGUGCGCCUGGCACCUACUACCAUACCCCGUUCAAAAGCACUUAAAACUUUUGUCUUGCCCAUUCACCCUCUGAAUGGCACACAUACACAAUCCAUGUCUCAAGGCUUAAAAAUCCUUCUGUUACCUGUAUCCUCCACUUCAUCUACACUGAUUUGAAGUGAAUUUAACAAGUGACAUCAAUAAGGGAUCAUAGCUUUCACCUGGAUUCACCUGGUCAGUUUAUGUAAUGGAAAGAGCAGGUGUUCUUAGUGUUUUGUAUACACCGUGAGUAUAGUGAGCAAUAUGUUUGGAACAUCAAAUCGCAGUAUUGAAUCGCAAUACAUAUCAUAUCAGCACCUAAGUAUUGCGAUAAUAUCGUGAGGUCCCUGGCAAUUCCAAGCCCUAAUAUACUCUACUGGACUGUACUGUACUGAACUAUACUUUACUUUACUGGAAUGUACUGUACUCUACUGUGCUGUACUGAACUAUACACUACUCUACUUUUCUUUACUAUACUAAACUCUACUGUACUCUUUUGUAAUGUACUGUACUUUGCUCUACUGUACUGAACUCUACUCUACUGUGCUGUACUGUACUCUACUGUGCUGUACUGUGAUGUCCAAACUUGUGAAACAUAGACGUUUAUGAUUGGUACAGAUUUUGUCCGGUCUGGACCAACCAAAUUUGGUCUUGUUUGGGGGCGGAGCUUAUUAGAAUAAUAGCCAGUAUGUAGAAUAAAAUCCAAACAUGCAUAUUACAUUUUUCUGCCUUUUAUGUACCUAUUCAUGAAGAGAAUGACAUGAAUAAUUAUGCAUUUCUGUAUAGUACAGAUCAAGGACCCAUGACGUCAUUCUCUUACCGUCAUUCUGUUACCUGGUGUUGAUCCACUUCACUUACUGUAGUUCAAUAACCAAUAUAUUUUUUCUAUCUCAAGGUGUCAUUUCUUAGCUGACACCCCAUUAUUUCUGCAGACAUCUUUGAAUCUGAAUUUGGAGAAUAUAUUAAAGUUUUUAGAAAACGUGGUCGCAUAAAAAAUGGAGAGAUGUGACUGUCAUUCUGUUACCAAACUUUGCAUCUGCACCGUUCCUCAAGUAAAUGCGUUUUAGUAAAAUGUUCAGUGGCAAUUGUUAACAGUAGACUUCUGCAUAUAGGUGUAUGGUUUGUUAAACAUUGCAAUCAAUGGUUUUUCAUGGCAUACAUUUUAAAGUGACAAAGCUAUUAUGAUUUCCUUUGCAAAAGGAAACAAGUGCAACGGAAAAUGGUGUAAAAACACUGGCAGGUGCUUCAGGUCCUUCUUUUGAAGUCGUGCACAACGUCAUAUGUUGCUGUUGUGAUUGUUGUUUAUAUUUCUAUUUAUAUCACUGUUCUCCCUUGAUCAGUAUUAUUUCCUGUAGACCAUUUACUGUCUUAGGACAAUGACUAUCACAGGUUGUGGUUCAGAAAAAUACCUCCUGUCCUGCAACACCUAACUGGUUAGUAAUAUUAUUGAGGAAGUGCAAAGUUUAAGUUAUUUUUCUUUCAUGCAAUCUUUGAUCUCAGUCUGGAGUCUGCAGACCGAGGCUGCGUUUACACAGGCAGAGCAAUUCUGAUAUUCUUCCACUAAUUGGUCUUUGACCAAUCAGAUCAGCUCUUUUGCCAAUCAUUGGGCAAAAAAUCAGCUGCAUGUGUAAAUGCAGCCAAUAGGCCUACCACUCAUUGGAGCUGACUGUAGUCAUAAUUUAGGCUAGACACCCUUGUAGUCCUUAUUAAUCCUAUUGACCUAGAAUUUGAAGCGAGCUAUUUGUUCCCUAAUAGCUGUGUUUAUUGUUAGGUUGAUGAGCCAUGUCUCUGUCCAGGCUAUGUCGUUAGCUAUUAAUGUCCACAUCCUUAUUUUGUCUUCACAGUAGACUGGAUUCUAUUCUAUUCAGCUCCCCUUGAGUUAUAGAAUUGUCAGCAUAACACAUUGUUUGCAAAUAAAGGCACCACUAGUUAUCAAGAUGAAUGCUAUCAUAACAAGAUUAUCAGUAUUUACUAUUCAUUUUGAGGGCUUUUCUACUGUGAGGGGAUUAGAAAGGAAUAGUAAAAGCAUUGUUCUACUCCCCAGCUCAUACCUGCUUUGUGUUUAUCCAUCUAAUCUCACUGUGUGACAGUGUAAACACCUUUUCUCCACUCGAUCCUAGAGUUCACAUGCUAACUGCUGUGUUUGAAAGCAUGUGAAAACCAUAGGAUUAAAGGUAGACAAACUUAAAAGCCUGUCAAUGGGACUGCAAGCCAGAGGUGGUGAUGGCUGGAAUUAACCGGUCAAAAACGUCCUACAGGAAGCUGGAGAAAUAGACCUAGGAAGUUGACUUAUAUGUUUUGCGUUGUUCUGGACUUCCUGUUGCAGAGCCGCGGAGGAGGCGGACCAGGCCCAGUCGAAGAAAGGCCUGAAGAAACAGCAGAAGGAAGCGGAGAAAGCGGCGAAGAAGGCUGAGAAGCAGGCCAAGCUGGUCAGUGGGUUUUAUCUGCCUCUCUGCCCCUCACAGCUGUUGACGUGCCGAGGGCACAAUCGGGCGAGGGAGGGGGGUUCCAUUGUUUAUCAGUUAUAUUUAUCAUAAUAUCAGUCCACUAGCUGUUUCCAAUACAAGGCCCUUUAUCAGGAUUUAUCAGGAUGUCCCGUUGCAGUAACUAACUGUUUUGCCUCUUGUUUUCAGGCUGCUGACUCACAAAGCACAGAUGAAGAUGUAAAUAUCCUGGAGGAUCAAUUCUUCCAUGUUUUCAGAUUUAUUAUUUAUUUAUUUAUGAUUAUUUACACCUUUUCUAUAUGGUGGAAUGUUAAAGGAAUAUUACAUUUUAUGCACCUCUAAUGAUGUUUCCUAUAAAGCUAUUGUAUUUAAAUGCUUAGCAGAUUAUUUCUUAUUUGUGCAGGACUUUGCCAAGGAUCGGUACGGUGUCCCUCCGAUGGUCCAGUCCCAGCAGAAACUGGGUCAGUACAGUCGGCAACUACCUCCUCUUCUUUGUUCUUCCACACAAACAUAUUAUUUACAGAGGAUAUCUCCAUUUCAACAACCAUGUUUACUACUACUUGUUAAGUAAUACAGACAACGUGAUUAUAUCUGAGUCACUCAGGGACAUGGCGGCAGUAAGUAGUAGAGAUAGCCUAAAUAUCAAAGAUGAUUGUGGUGACUAAUAGCGUGCCAUUGCUCCCAGAUAAACGUGAAAGAGACUGGGUCGUCCACCUGUCUGCCUGCUCUUUCAGCUCCAAUGGCAGAGAACAAAGUUGGCUUCUCACUUGUAUGCCUGUCCACAGGGAUGAGGAACGAUAGAGACAGCCAGCCAGCCUGCCUUUCAUGUGGGUGGAAUCAGGUUCAGCCAAAUGGGAGGCUCACAGCCGCCGGGACGAAUGAGGCGCUCUCUGUCUCAACUAGCUGAUCAUAGUAACGUUAAGCAUGCCUCAGAGUGACACAGGGCAAAGCAGAGUCCAUUUGUCUUAAGGCACAGAGAAUGGGCCGUCAUCUACGCAGUGUUUCUGUUCUCCUUGUAAUAUGAGUGUCUAUGUGUGUGUGUGGGGAGUGGGGUAUAUGGUAUUUUAAGUUGUAUUGAAAGGCGCGCUUUUCCUCCCUGUGAGCCAGACAGGGUGUUGGUGCGUGUCCAGGAGCUGACACCUGAGAAGGCUGACCAGCUGAUCUGGGUGCGUGCCAGGAUUCACACUAGCAGAGCUAAAGGUGAGAUUCUCCAUCUUUGUCCAGCUCCAUAACACACUUUAGUCCUCAGGCCACAGCCAGGCUUCUAAUAUAAAUGGCUCCGUAACUGAACCUUGGGGUUUACCAAAAAUAUUACCAACUGUCCUUGGGCCAAAUAGUCACUGUCAGGGCCUAAAAUGUACUUUUUGGUCCACCAGCCACUGUGGCAGGUAGAUGGAAAAAUCUACCAGCCACUCAGAUCUUUUAUCAGCAAAAAUAUUUAUUCCCCAUAAUUACAUAAAAAAACAGAUGACCAUGCUUUGUAAUGUUUCUAAAACAAGAAAUGUAUUAGUAAGAUGUAAUGUGGUAUAUUGCUCAAUUUCAUUUCCGUUUUUGUUACCUUUAAGGGUGUGAGGUUACCGUGGUAACUGGGCCACUCCAGUCGUCGUGUGUAUGAGAUUUGAGUUCUGAGUAGGGCGUCUCUUUGCUAUCAGUUGAAGCAGCAGACUCAAACUAAUGUUGAAAAACAACCAAGCUUGUCAACAAACAAUGUACAUUUUCAAUGCGAUGGGAAAGUAACCGAUAGGUCGCUCGUUCGAAUCCCCGAGCUGACUAGGUGAAAAAUCUGUCGAUGUGCCCUUGAGCAAGGCACCUUAACCCUAAUUGCUCCUGUAAGUCACUCUGGAUAAGAGCGUCUGCUAAAUGAAUUAAAUGUAAAUAGCCAAGAUCAUGAGGACAAAGUUUCUCUUUGUAGACUUUCAAGUAAAUUAAAAAUGAAUCUAUCAGCACUUCACUCAGUGCGCACAGCUUCCCUGCCAGGCAGUGUUACUUUGCGAGGUGGGAUAUAGGAUUCCUAUUUCUUUGUGCGAUUAGCAGCUAUGAAACAAAACAGCAGAAAUACUUUGAAAACAGCUACUGCAGCUUUUUUCUAACCCUAACUUGCACGUGCUCAUACUUGCCUUUUGACCAUUUUUAUUCUUGAAUGUAAUGCCCACACUGUAGAGCCCUGCAAGUUGACCACCCGGCAACGUGGCUGGUGAAAUAGACAUUCAAAUAUCAAAAUCUACCCGUAUUUGGCGGAUGUUCAUUUUAUGCCCUGGUCACUAUCCAGAGAAGAGCAACAUUUUUCAGUCAACUAUCCUCAGGUUGGCAAAUAAGGUCAACAGCUACUAGAAAUGUACUAAAUCUUGUAAAAUAACUGCAUGGCACCAGAAUUGAGUUUUUCACCUUAUUUGCAGCCCGGGUGAUGAGGGACAUAGGGGAUGGGGGUUGCAGAGUGCAACGUUUUUUCUAUUAUACACUGAACAAAAACAUAAACACAACAUGCAACAAUUUCAAAGAGUUAGAGUUCAUAUAAGGAAAUCAGUCAAUUGAAAUAAAUUCAUUAGGCCCUAAUCUAUGGUUUUCACAUGACUGGGAAUACAGAUAUGCAUCUAUUGGUCACAGAUACCUUUUUAAAAAAGGUAGGGGGUGUGGAUCAGAAAACCAAUCAGUAUCUGGUGUGACCACCAUUAACCUCAUGCUGCGCAACACAUCUCCUUCGCAUAGAGUUGAUCAGGCUGUUGACAUGGGGCCAUGCAUUAUUAUGCUGAAACAUGAGGUGAUGGCGGCAGAUGAAUGGCACGACAAUGGGCCUCAGGAUCUCGUCACAGUAUCUUUGUGCAUUCAAAUUGCCAUCGAUAAAAUGCAAUUGUACAUUUCUGGGAUCUUUUAUUUCAGCUAAUGAAACUUGGGAUCAACACUUUACAUGUUACGUUUAUAUUUUUGUUCAGUAUAAAUUCCUCUGUGGGUAUUACACAGGCACAUGCCAGUUCCUUUUUUGAAAAGUUUGAAAACUCAAACCAAAGCUCAGUUAUUUAACUUGGAUUAAAUUGAGUUAUUUUCCAUUUGAGGCUUUAAUACAAUGAGCUCAUUGAGCCUUGCCUUAGUCGGAUCCCAUCCAGAAUGAUUCGAAACAUCGAGCACGUACACAUCUGUGCUAACAAUAUGCUAAUCAAUAAACCAUCAUAUUAUGAUCUUGCGGUGGCUUCCUUACAGGAAAACGUCCAUGUCAAGAGCCAUUUUUCUCCCCCUUCGUUCAUUCAUUCAGCUCUACAGUGAAGGAUGUCCUUGAAAGCAGAAUAACAUCCUGAUUUACACAGGGAUGAAGUGACUGUUUUUUUUUGUGAUCCCCCCCCCACACACACACACAUCAAAGCACUUGGGUGGUCUCUGAUGUUGGUAUGAUACUUGACAAACUUGAUUUACACAGUCUCAAGGUGUGUGGUUGGGAAUUGGCUCUCAAUCUCCCUCCAUACACCAUUCUUCAAAUGGUCGUCCGUUCACUGCUCUCUGACAGUUACCUGGAAAUGCGUUGAAAAAUGUUUUUUUAUGGGCGAGAGGUGGUAUCUAAAGCAGGUAGGACCUCUGCCAUGUUGGCCUGAGAGAGUGACAUGGCAUUGUAUAGAACCAUGGCUCCUGUUUUGACAAGUGCAUUAGGAGUUGCUAGACCCAAUUAGAGGUAGCCUGCUGAUGUAUAUUGUGUUGUUGUGGUCAUUUUAGGGAAGCAGUGCUUCUUGGUCCUGCGUCAGCAGCAGUUUAACGUGCAGGCCCUAGUUGCCGUGGGGGAGCGUGCCAGCAAGCAGAUGGUGAAGUUUGCCGCCAAGUGAGUACAAGACUGCAUUUCCUGGAGGCCCCGGGAGGCCCCUGGUGGCCCCCGACAAACAAUGGUGGGAAAAGCUGGAUCCUAAUGGGCUCCCGAUUUAUUUUCACACAUUCUGAAAGAAUCGUAAAUUUUUCAGCUCCUGACAAAAGCGUCCACUUUCAGAUGGGAUACAGUAUAGAAGUGUUUAAUGGAGCCGUUCCUGCCCAGAUAACAGAGUAGAUACAAUAUAUACAGUACAUCAAAGUUGAAGAGGUACUUAAGAGCCUGAGCAUCAUUAGUCAUUCUGGGGUCAGAGUCAACUCUGCAAUGGCUAGCAAAGUGAUUUGUGGUGGCUAAUUAACGGUAAAUAAGUGAAUUGUUUAGACCCACAUUUAGCCAGCUAAAAUUCUUAACAGUUAACAAUCGCUCCUACACGCUUAUUCUAGCUACAAUAGGGCUGCUUUGCCAAUAACAUGUCUCCAAAAAUCACGGUGUCUCCAGUUGUUUACAUUUAGCGAUUGUGACACACCUUCCAUGCGUAUUUCCACUUAAUGUCACGUUUGCCAGACCCCAGAAAAACUCUUACCAGGUCUCAGCCACUUGUUGGUUUCCUGCUGAACUUGGACUAUGUCAGACGUAGACUAGUACGGAAGGAAACUGACCCCAAAUAAAGGCCACACAAGUUAUUUAGGCCAAGGCCAAAGUCACACUGGUCAACCUCAUUGACGGGAACCUCUGACCGACCUUGUAAGUUGUGUCAGAGUGGUUUGAACGCUCUGUUUCCUCUCAACCUCUUGCGUGUGAUGAUACAAUCUGAAGGUUGCUUCAGAGCUGGCUCGUAUUCAUUAGUGCACGCCGUAGCAAAACGCUUUGCAACCGAGAGCAAAAAUAAGCGUUUCUUAUUGGACAAAUUCAGGUAGGCACCUGUUUUGGCCCAUUUGCUUCCGCUUGGAUCCUAGUGAAUAUGACCCUGGUUUUUACUACUUUAAGGACAAUAAUGCUCUGGCUUGAUCUUGUCUAUCGGAUCGUGUGUUUCGUAGAAAUCAUGUGGCCCGAUUGCUCCAAAAUGAUUUGGUUCCUUUUUCCUUUGCUUGUGUAAUGUCAUGUGGUUUGAUGUGGCAGUUGAUUGUAUUGCACUUAUUGCACGCAACCACUUACCCCAUGGAUGGCUCCUUCCCAAAUAGCACCCUAUUCCCUACAUAAUGUACUACUUUUGACUGCUCUGGUCAAAAGUAGUGCACUAUAUAGGGAAUAGGGUGCCAUUUGGGACACUACCCAUUAAUCCAUGACUAAGCAUCAGUCAUAAACCAGCUUCUAUCAAAGCACACUCAAGACAAAUGUAUAGUCAGGGUUGAGGCCCGCAGCUUCUGCACUAAAUCCGCAGAGGUCUAAACAUCCUGGCCCCAAUCUUAACAAUCCACACAAUGCAUAUUGCACUCUGCCCAACAUAAUUUGACCUGAAAAACUAUAGGCCCUAACAAGUUGAUAAAAUCAAGCCUCUUAAUGUUCUAUGUUCUUUGAAUUCUAUGGAAGCUUAGUAAGCUUUGCAUUACAGGAGUCCUUUCAUAAUCAUCAAGGUUGAUCCAGGCCAGUGGUGACAUAUAGGGAAGAGCGUGCAACACCUGUCACAUAUAGUAUUUCAACUUCCCCAUACAGAGUUAAAUUAGGGGUAAGGUAUCCUCUACGUCCCCGUCAACAAUUUCCUCUAAGUGUCUCGUUUUACUUUCUCUUACUAGAACGUGUUAAACAAUGCAUUGAAAGGUUUCACAUAUCUUUAUAAUACAUAGUCAGUUGUUAGCUAAGAUUAUAGUAAGUAGCCUUGUCUGAGCCAGAGCGGUCCAUAGGAUCUCCUUUUUCUGUAGUGUGAGGCAGCUUGAUGUACAAGUACAGCCUAUGGACAGGACGCUAGUCCGGUCAAUCAAAACCCUUACUUGUAUGACUUACUCAUAUUAAUUGAUGGGCAGUGUUUAUUGUCCCCAGGCAUGCUGGCCGGGUGUUUGAGUGAGGAGGUUAUUCAUGUGGGCUUUAUUUGUCUAGCUGAUCCUGUAGUGGAUAUCUGUGACUGAGGCAGCUGCAGAGGACUGACUGGGUUCACCAUUCACCACUGUCCUGUCUCUCAUUACUGCGUUUUAAUGAGAAGAGGUGAAGGAUUACACUGGGCUUGUUCCAUCUGGCCCCAUGCUAUGGGACAAUUGGUAUUGACAGUUCAUCAUAUUUCUACAAGGCUCUGUUGGAUCAAGGACAGUGGGAAAGGACAGCGGUGGCCUGCUCUGGUGUUCUCUCAACAUGUCUUUCAGAUUGUUGUUUAACCUCGGUCUUAUUGAUGUGUGGCCACUGGUGUUUUACUGUAGUUCAUAUCUGUGUCACAUGUUUGUUUUCUACACGUUGUCACAAUCGGCUGAUUAAAUCAAAAGAAAAUAGGAAAUUGUCAUAUUGAAACCAUCCAAACAACAUGAUCCUGUGACAUUUUACCUCAGGAAUAGUAGGGUCUAGGGUGUCGGGUGUUUUUAGAUUUUGUUUGUUUAUAUCCAAGGUUACCAACUGCUCAACAAAUCUCAGCUCACACUUCUGUGACUGUGUGAACUUCAAUCAGGGUUUUGAAUGUAAACUUACAGUUCUCAGCUAGCCUCCCACUCGUUUGACUUCAAUUGAUCUGUGUAGACUGCUAAGCGCUGUGCCUAUCCCCGCCCCCGUCCCCCCUGUCUGCAGCAUCAACAAGGAGAGCAUCGUGGACGUGGAGGCAAUGGUGAGGAAGGUGGAGCAGAAGAUCGAGAGCUGCUCUCAGCAGGAUGUGGAGCUGCACAUUGAGAAGGUAGGGCUGUCUGAUUCUCUGUCUGACCACACCACAGACCAACAGACUGACUGGGAUGAAGGGACAGCCAUUCACUCUCAUUAUGAAUCAGAGAAACUACUGGUUAAAAGAUAACUGUAUGAGACUUUCUUUGCUUUCUGAUUUUGGAAUUGUGGUACUUUCCUUUCCACUCAGCAGUUCAACUUGGAAAGUACUGUGAAUUUAGAGGUACUCUAACUGUAAAUGUAUUAAAACCAACAUCUCCCUUCUAAAAAAAACAAUAUCACCUUUUUUUCCUGUCUCAGAUUUUUGUGAUCAGCCAGGCCGAGCCUCGCCUGCCCCUGCAGCUGGAAGAUUGUGUGAGGCCGGAAGGAGAGGGGGAUGAGGUGAGGAUGAGGGCCAGGGCUCCUGGGCCUCCCGCAGGCAGCUCUUUGUAGCUGAUCAAAGGUCAAAAUCAUUGCGUUCAGAGAUUAUCCUCUAUUCUAAUGCAGUUCAACACAGGCACUGGAUGAAAAAUACAUGACUUGGUUCCCACACUCAAGGCCUGUCGCUGUUGUUUUGGAGGAGUGUUGGUUCUAUACUGCCAUGUUCUCGGUCGGUGUCUGUCUAAAGGGUCAUCUCUCUCUAGUAUGGUUCAGUUCAGAGACAGCUGAAGGGUGUCAGUGUUUAUGCAAUAAGCCAAACACAGCUGAAGUUGCGGCCCAGGUGUCGUCUGUCCGUCAGUAAGUUACAGCGCCUGCCGUUGGGGAGGAGACUCUGGGCUGGGCCUGCCUGCCUGCCUGCCUGCCUGUCUGUCUCUCUGUCUGUCCGUUACAGCACCUGCCGUUGGGGAGGGCUGGGCUGUCUCUGUGUCUCCCUGUCUGUCUUCGUGUCUCUGACUCAAUAUGAGCAGGAUGUGUGAAGCUUGUUCACAGGUGGUUUUAACCCCACGUGAGUUCCAGGAAGCCUGACAACCAUGGGCAUCGUGUUCUAGUAUUUAGGAGCUAAUGAGCUCUUUUACUCUUUUAUAUGAUUGGAAUUGGUCGUAUUCAAUGCAGUUCAAUGGUGAUUGUGUCGUCCGUGUAUCUGUUGGGGUGGUAUGCAAAUUGUAGUGGGUCUAGGGUGUCGGGUAAGAUGGAGGUGAUAUGGUCCCUAACUAGCCUCUCAAAGCACUUCUUGAUUACAGAAGUGAGUGCUACAGGGCAAAAGUCAUUUAGUUCAGUUACCUUCUGUUUCUUGGGUACAGGGACGAUGGUGGACAUCUUGAAGCAAGUGGGGACACCAGACUGGGAUAUUGAGAGAUUGAAUAUGUCCGUAAACACUCCAGCCAACCCGGUCUGCGCAUGCUCUGAGACCAUGGCUUGGGAUGCCGUCUGGGCCGGCAGCCUUGCAAGGGUUAAAUGUCUUAUUCACGUCGGCUACGGAGAUCGGGAGCACACAGUCCUCGAGAGAGGCGGGGGCCCACGUCGGCGGCUUUGUGCUGUUUUCCUUGAAACGGGCGAAGAAGGUGUUUAGUAGGAUUGGGCGGUAUCCAUAUUUUCAUAUCGUCAUACCGUCCUUCUCGCAUCCCGGGAUUUAGGGUAUUACCGGCUUAGUACAUAAGGGGGCGCCAAAAACGCAACAAAAGCCCAUUGGGCGUCUAUUACCAGAAUGCUAACAAAAUUAGCACAAGUAAUAACGAAAUUCCAUGGAGGCUGCUAGCUUAAUAUUCUAACGAGUGCAAACGAAAAUAAACUAAAUGCAAAGACAGGCAAUCCAGCUCAUAAAGUUACACAUAUAUUUUUGGUAAGUUUGGACAUUUACAAGCUAAUGUGAACGAGAGAUGUGCAAAUCAACAAAGUUUUGACACAUGCUUGUCUGAAGGAAGAAUAGUACUGGCUCUGAAGCAGCAUGUGUACACACUUUGUCUGUGUGCAGUCUGGAGUUUGCAUUAAAAUGCAAAUCAAUUUAUAACAAUUUUUACAUGCGUUUUUCUGGAUUUUUUUGUUGUUAAUCUGUCUCUCACUUUUCAAAUAAACCUACCAUUAAAAUUAUAGACUGAUCAUUUCUUUGUCAGUGGGCAAACGUACAAAAUCAGCAGGGGAUCAAAUACUUUUUUCCCUCACUGUACCAUUAAAAUUAUAGACUGAUCAUGUCUUUGUCAGUGGGCAAACGUACAAAAUCAGCAGGGGAUCAAAUAUAGAAAAUUUUAUACAUUUGAAUAUCGUACUGUAGGUACAGUUUUCACACAAAUGUAAUCGCUUGUUCCGAUGUUCUUCAGAUGUGUUAAAUACUUAAAUGUUUUGUAAUGUGGUGAAACUAUUGUUGUGUGUCUCUACUCAGGAUGGAAGAGCGACGGUCAACCAGGACACAAGACUGGACAACCGAGUCAUUGAUCUGAGGGUAAGUUGUACACUAUUACACUUAAGCCAGUGUUACCUUAGAUGAGAAAUGAAUUACACAAAAAAUAAAUAUAAUUCGUUUAUUGGGUUUGAAGACACUACAUUUGUAUAAAAAAUAUUGUAAUGAUGAGAUGCCAUUUGUGACAGAGUUAGCCUGCUUGUAGAGUGCAGUAUAGAACUGUGCAGGGAUUCAGAGGGGAAAGGAAAGGGUUGCUAGAGGUCUCAUUGUUGUGCUCUGUUCUGAGGUGGCCCACACUGAUGUGGCAGCAGCAGGAAAACAGCUCUAGCGCUCGCCUCAGCCUGGCUUUGUCACAACACCUGUUUCUACACAAUGUCUCUUUGAGCUCACACUUAGAUGAACAGUAAACCCAUAAACAGGUUUUCACACAGACCCCUAACCCCAGUCAACAAUAAAGUGUCAAAAGUAAUGAACACACCAGGCUCGGUUUUCCAAGUUGUUGUGAAAAUGAAAAGAUUAUUUCACUUAAUUUUUUUAAACUCCCUUUGAGAAAUAGACCUAAUAGCUAGACAUUUUGCUGAAAAUAUAUUGAUGCACUCUAAUGAAAGACAAUAUCAGUUAGGCACAAUCUGAGUGGUGGUGGUGGCAUGUGACCAAAAACACAAGCCAUGGCCGUUAGACACUUUUGUUUUGAGAGCUUGAAUGUCAACGAGAGUGACAUACUGAGCUAUUUUGCUCUCACUCUCUUUUAUACCCUCCACCCUGGUGUGAGGGCGUCGAAAGAGAAGUGAUCUAUGAGAACAUAACAGUCCACCAAUCUCCUCACAGUAUAGAGAAGUGUUUUGCACAGGAACUCCUUUAGAGUUAUGUAAAUAAUUUUGAUAUGUCAGAUCCUACUCAGGCUAUCAUAGCAGUUGGUUGGCUAGUUGGCUAUUUGUCUAGUGUUUUAUCUAGUGUUCUUCAGAAGUGUUCUUAUUCAUCAGAGCAGUAGUUACUUUCCAACCUCUGUCAACUAUACAUAUAAUCCAUGAGGCAGGGGGGGGUCAGUUUCAUGGACUAAUAUAUCAGUUGACCAUUUCUAACAGGGCCCUGAACUAAAGUCUGACUGGACCAGAGUCAUUGUCUGCAGAUUCAUUGUCUGACAAUGGGAUAGUCACUCCCAUUCAGGACUUUGGGAAAGUCUAGAAGAUAGAAAUGUGAGCCUUUAAUGUUCAAUCAAAAGGCUCAGAGCUUUUUGUAUUCAUCAAAGUGCCUAACCCUGGCUUUAUGUAGAUACAUGAAACCAGAUAGAACUGGUUGAAAAAAUCCUUACUAAUAACACCAGUCAUAUUAAGAAAUUAGUCAUCUGAUCAACUGAGAACUAAGAAAGAACACACCUAUUGACAAUGCUGUUUGUAGCCCAACGAUCAUAGGGUUGGGGUUUUUUAACUGUUCCUCUGCUCUUUCUCAGAUGUUCUGUGUACUACCCAGCUCAUUGACAUGCCUCAUCACGAGUUGUUUUGAUGACUAGGUUAUUGUCUAUGCAACUAAGUUGACCUCUGUAUACAACCAGAUUGCUCAAAGCUGAUUUUAUAUGUGAAUAGAGAAUUUCAGAUGAACUUAUUUGCCAAUAUUAUUUUGAAAAGACGACAGAGCUUUAUAUCUCAUGUUUAUUUUUUAAAGGCUUACAUUAGUGUGAAUUGCACCCUCCUCUUUAACUUGCAUCAACAGCAAAAAGUACACUUGAGUGUUCCAUUUGGAAAUAGGCCUAGCCUUAAUAUCUCUACUCCCUUUAAUGAAAUGAAAGGUGUCGAGACUGUAUAAGGCAAGAUGUGAAGCAAGCAGUGUUAUUGACUCUUCUUUGGCAUUGUGUAAUACAUCUGUUGACUCUUGUUGUUUCUGCUUGUUUCUCCUCUGGUAGACAACAACCAGCCAGGCCAUCUUCCGCCUGCAGUCUGGAGUUUGCCAGCUCUUUAGAGACACCCUGACCAACAAGGGCUUUGUGGAGAUCCAGACCCCCAAAAUCAUAUCAGGUACCACCAAUGUGCCCCUGUGUCACAGACUGGAGGUGCUUUGUCAAUUAACAUUUUCAAGGUGAAUAAUAUUGGCCUUUAGAUUACUACUUGACUUGUAUUAAGUACAGGUAGUAGGAAGACGAGGUACUUUUCCACUAUUUUGGCUGCAAAGUGCAAACUGCCUCAAGGAUACAUGCUCUUUCAUGUUCAGAUGGGUUUGGGGAGUUGAGGAUGGGGAGUAGAGUGUGAGCAGUGUAGAAAUUCAAGCUCAAAAGGCCAUUUAUUCCUCUAUACUGCUGAUAGGGCUUCGAGUUCACAUAACCCUGAGAUAACUCACAGUAGGAUUCUGUCUACCAGUUAUCUUAUGAAGCAGUGCAGGCUCGACUCUGUCUGGUCAUUCAUGCUCUUAUUGAUGAGCUGACUCUAAACCGCACUUCACAAGUAUAAGCACAUAAUGAGUGAGCAUGUGUCAUAUUUUGUAGACAUAGAAAUAAGCUUUAAAAGACGUGUUGUUUACUGCUGUACUUGCCACCACAGCACAACAUGUACUACCUCGUGUAGUGUACUGAGUUGUGGUGUAACACGUGUUGCUUUCACUUCCUCUACUGUAGGAGCCAAUGAAAUAAGCCCAGCCUAGCAUUGACACAUUUAAAAUUGCCGCCUUUUAGGUGCAAGCAGCUGUGUAUCAACAGUGUGUACCACUCUAAAAAAAACGCAUUUUCUUCUGCCAACACCCAUCACACGUAGUACACUGUACAAAAUGUACUCUGUGACCACCCUUCUGUAAAGGACAACACCUAUCACAGGAUCUACUAUGAUGUGAAUGUCAAAUAUGGCUCAUACGUAAGUUAGACAUGGUCCAGAACUUUGGCACCUACUAAUGUGUCAAUGUUAGUGCUGAGCUAUUAGUGCUUUUUGAGGUCGGUUCAGUUACAGUUAGAUUAUACAAAAAUAAUCACGGAUUUCGGUUUCAAAUUUUUUUUUGACAUGAAAUGCACUAUGCAUUAUGUUGGUUGAAUGCUGUCACAGAAUAAAACAAUUAAUAAAAGUAAAAUAAACAAUUAAUGGUAGUGACUGCCCAUUACUGCUUAUCACUUAUUAACCACAAUUUAUUCACAUUACUUUAUUUUAUUUGAUGACUUUAUUAUUUCAUUCCAAGUCAUCAUCCAAGUCAUCAUCUCAUCUCUAUAGAGCUGCUGCCUAUGCUGUCUGACAAAAUCACAAUUUUAGAAGUUCUUAAAAAGUAAAUAAGGCAUACCAACUAUCAAUCACUUAGAUGAGGUAUUUUCAGGAAGAGAUACCUCGCGAAGCAACUGCUUUCUAUCCCUCUGGAUCGCGUGUUUUCUCCGUGUCUUCCCACAUUGUUCUUAUUAUAGCUCAGUGCUCCACACAGACCGGACAAGUUCAAAAAAACUAAAAAAUAACCAACUUUUCAGAGCGAAAGAGAGCAAUGAAGUGGUGCACAUAUCUGCUGUCAACUAAUACGCAAUUUCCGGGGACCACUUUUGGCUCGUGAGCACUACGUUUAGAACUACUAGCUAAAAGUAUACAACAUUACUGGAGAAUCUCUCUAAUGGUCAAUAAUGGGAAUCAAAAUCUAAUCAAAUUCAUAAACAACAGUGAAAUGCUUACUUACAUUGUUAGGAAAUGGAGUUAUCACAUAGGUUAGUUAAAAAAUAUUAUUAUAUAUUGCUUCUCUCCUGGGAUAGUUUGACUAAAAGGUAUCUUUCUCCUCUCUAGCUGCCAGUGAGGGUGGCGCGAACGUCUUCACUGUGUCCUACUUCAAAACCAGUGCCUACCUGGCCCAGUCUCCCCAGCUCUACAAGCAGAUGUGUAUAUGUGCUGACUUUGACAAGGUGUUCUGCGUGGGACCAGGUAAGGCAAUAUCUAGUGCAGAACCUGUGGUCUAGCUGUAAUGCUUGCCGCCAGGCACAUACUCUACUCCCCACCGGAGACCAGGGUUCAAUCUCCACGUCCUCCCUUACAUCUGUGUUCCUGCUUGGCGGUCUCCCCCUUGUUUCCAGCCAUUUUAAUAAAGUGUAAAAUGUCAAAAAAUAUAUAUUGAAAAGACAUCUCAAAGCCCUUCACCUAACCCCUUUUCACUCCCCAAUGAACACUCUAUCCAAUAAUGGGAAUUAAUUCAAACUAUUGUGUUGAAUACAUCAGUCACGAGUUAUGUAGUCAACAAACAAACAGUAUUCAGGAAAAGGGACCUUCACAAUAUUAAACCUGGGCGGAUAACCGCAUUACACAGAUUAUUUCAUACAUAUGUAGAAUGUGUUGUGAUUGCGCACAUGUUGAUCAAUAGGAAACAUUUAUCUCACUGGUUGCAUAAUGUCCCCAGUCUCUGUGAGGUAGCUCAACAGGGCCAUCACCUGGCCUGAUCCACACAUAACCAGAGGAGUAAUGACUUCUCCCCCACUGCAGUCUCACAUCUGCUCAAUGUGCCCUGGUCGAAGUAGUGCGCUAUAAAGGAAAUAGGGUGCUAUUUGGGACGCAGCCUCCGAUGUCACCUCUGAGGUGAUGGAUAUAAUCAUCUUAGUGAAAUACAAUGUUGGUGAUGCUAACUGAAGAUGUUCUCCAUUCCAGUGUUCAGAGCAGAAGACUCCAACACCCAUCGUCAUCUGACAGAGUUUGUAGGUCUGGAUAUUGAGUUGGCGUUCAACUACCACUACCAUGAAGUGAUCGAGUCAAUCACCGACACCAUGGUCCAGAUCUUCAAAGGGCUUAGAGACAAGUAAGAUGUGAUGCACUUCUAACCCAUAUUUUCAAGCAAAGUGAAUGAGUAUGGUUUAAACUUUAGAGGGCCUAUUACAGGUCUAUAACUGAACACAUGGAUGACGCCCCAUAUAAAGUACACCACUGAAAGGGCACUGCAUCUGUGCUGAGGUAGCAGGUGUUAGUUGAAUGACUCAGUGAUGUGUAUGUGCGCGCGCUUGUUUGUUUAUAUAUGUGUGUGUGUGUUGGCCAGGUUCCAGACAGAGAUCCAGACGGUGGGGAAGCAGUACCCCAGUGAGCCCUUCAAGUUCCUGGAGCCCACUCUGAGGCUGGAGUACAGGGAGGGCGUGGCCAUGCUCCGGGAGGCCGGGGUGGAGAUGGGAGAUGAGGAGGACCUCAGGUCAGUGGCAGGUCAAGAGUUUGCAGCAGUGUUACGUUUACACCUGUUAUUGAUAAGACCUUAAAGUAAAGGUUUGUUUUUAAGUCUUUAAUUUCCACAAAUUUUAUUUUUUUGGGGGGGGUUGUUUAUCAUUUAAUUGAUCUAAAAUAAAUGGUUUAACGUUUCUCACAGCACUCCCAAUGAGAAGUUGCUCGGUCGUCUGGUGAAAGAAAAGGUAUGUUAUCAUUCCAUUGACUUCUUGGGUGACAACAAAUGUAGUUAUGUUACUCUCUGUAUCUACAGGUAACUGCCCAAUAAUGGAAACACUUGAGUAAACGAGGGAUACAAAGUAUAUUGAAAGCAGGUGCUCCCACACAGGUGUGGUUCCUGAGUUAAUCAUGUAUAAAAAUGCUGGGCAGGCCAUUAUUUUGGCUGCCAUGGCUAUGCCCCCAUAGGAUAGCAAUGCCCACAUCCAUAGGGCACGAGUGGUCACUGAAUUGUUUGAUGAGCAUGAAAACUAUGUAAACCAUAUGCCAUGGCCGUCUCAGUCACCAGAUCUCAACCCGAAUGAACACUUAUGGGAGAUUCUGGAGCGGCGCCUGAGACAGCAUUUUCCACCACCAUCAACAAAACACCAAAUUAUGGAAUUUCUUGUGGAAGAAUGGCAUCACAUCCCUUCAAUAGAGUUCCAGACAUUUGUAGAAUAUAUGCUAAGGUGCAUUGAAGCUGUUCUGGCUCGUGGUUUCCCAAUGCCCUAUUAAGACACUAAAGUUUCCUUUAUUUUGGCAGUUACCUGUAGGUAUACAUGCAGAUCAUUUAUGGCUGUAAAGCGGACUAACUCAUCUCUGUCUCCUUUCUGUUAGUAUGACACUGACUUCUAUGUGCUGGACAAGUACCCCCUGGCAGUGAGGCCAUUCUACACCAUGCCUGACCCCAAUGACAAAGUAUGCACGUCACUACACACAAACAACACAUUCACCAAGUUGCUCAUGACACUAUUGUGGCAUUCAUUGAACUUGUUCCUCCUCAGAAAUACUCCAACUCCUACGACAUGUUCAUGAGAGGAGAGGAGAUCCUCUCUGGCGCUCAGAGGAUCCACGAUGCCCAGCUGCUCACUGAGAGGGCCAUGCACCACAACAUUGGUAACUAGACAACUCUGCCUUGUUAUUCAAGGCUGCCAUAUUGGUCACUCAAUAAAUCAAACUUCCUUCCUUCCUCUCAAGCGAUUGCUAAAGAAUAAGCAUAUUAUUACUAUGUUACAAAUACACUGGUGGCUGGUGCUGAUAUGUAAAGUGUUGAUGCUGGUAUCAAAUAUUACCAUGACUUGAACUGAUUUGUGUUCCUGCAGAUCUGGAGAAGAUCAAGUCCUACAUCGACUCUUUCCGUUACGGGGCUCCCCCACACGGAGGUGGUGGCAUUGGUAAGACAUGAAAUUCUUAUUCUAAACCCAUACCCUCUCAAUAUGAAAUACGAUGUAAAUAUAUUGUAAAUAAACUCAUUGUAAAUAUACUCAUUAUGAAAAUAUUGUAAAGGUACUCUAAAUAUACUAAUUGUAAGUGUACUGUGAUGCUGACUGUGAGUUAUCUCCCUCAGGGCUGGAAAGAGUCUGCAUGCUCUACCUGGGUCUUCACAAUGUCCGCCAGGUCUCCAUGUUCCCCCGUGACCCCAAACGCUUGACCCCCUGAACGGCCAUCGCCACUGGAGACAGAUGGGAAACUAUAUUCAUCUCCAAUACACCAGACAGAGUUGAGAAAUUAGUGCCACGACACUGAAGUGCCACUGUGAUUAACAAAAUAAUAGAGAAUCAAGCCAGGGUACUACGGUCAACAGUAUUCAGUUAUAGAAAAUGACACAGGAAGAAAUAGAUUGAUAAUAUAAGGGAUAAAUAGUCUUAAUACACAAUAAAGAAGUGGAAAAUGAUUAAGGAAUGUGUUUGCUUAGGCUCAGCUAUGUAUUACUAAACAUGUGUUGUAUGUCUUAACACUUUUCUAUGGGGUUGAUCAACUUUGAUACCAGUCUUUGUCACGCUACAGAGGUAUGACUAAUAAAUAAUCGUGGUCUGGUGACAUUUAAGUUGUAAUUGUUUGAUGUUUUUAAAGUUAUUGGAGGACUUCAAAAGUAUUAAGAACUUCAAAA